AUGGCGACGGAGCAACAUGAUUCGCGACUCUGUUUAGCAUCGAUUCUGGAGGAUUUUCUUAAACAACGAAACCUUCGAGUUAGCGUUGGUGUGGAUUCGUGUUCGAAACAUGCCGAUGAAACUUUUGUUGGAAGAGAUUUGCCAGCAGAUCCUUCAGACUUGAAAAGGUAUGAAGCAGCAAGAUGGCUAAGAAACACACUUGGUGUAGUUGGAGGAAGGGAUUUGCCAGCAGAUCCUUCAGAGGAUGAUUUCAGAAUUGCACUGAGAAGUGGUAUUUUGCUCUGCAAUGUCCUCAACAGAGUUAAACCUGGUGCUGUACCAAAAGUCAUUGAAGCUCCAAAUGAUCCUCUUGUUAAUCAAGACGGUGCGGCUCUAUCUGCAUUUCAGUACUUUGAGAACCUUCGGAACUUUCUUGUCCUCGUGGAGGAAAUGGGUAUUCCCACAUUCGAAGUCUCCGAUUUUGAGAAGGGAGGUAAAUCCGCAAGAAUUGUUGAGUGUGUUUUGGCUCUCAAGUCAUAUCGCGAGUGGAAGCAGAGCGGUGGAAGCGGUUCAUGGAGAUACAUUGUGAAUUCAAAGCCAACCAUAGCAAAACACUACAAACGCAAAGACUCAGAAGCACCUGUGGAUGCGAUCACAAGUAGCCCCUCUAACGCUCAGUCCAUCGAACAACCUUUGUUUGAUCAAUCUGAUUCUAAUACCAAAAAUGGAGGAACUGCCAAUUCAAUAGAUGCUAUUGUCCGUGCGGUUUUUUCUGAUAAAAAGCAAGAAGAAAUUCCCGGUAUUGUGGAAGAUAUGCUGAAAAGUGUCAUGGUAGAAUAUGAACGUAGAUUGGCUACACAGAACGAAUUGCUUCAGAUGAGCACUGGGAACAAAAAUAAGCUUAAUCUUGGCGAUCUUGGGAGAACUACUUCAGGCAGCGAGGAGAUGCUAAGUGAUGCUUCGUACGGAGGAGGAAAUGUGACAAAGAUGGUAAACAACAACAUGGAAGCUUCACAAGAUGAUAAUGUCGAAGAAUCGAAAAUCCGAGAUCAUGAAGUCUAUGUAAUUUCAAAAGACAAGACCGAGAAGCAACAAAUGAUACUCGACAGGCAGCAAGCUCAUACUGAGGAACUGAAACACGAUCUAAAGGCUGUAAAAGCGGGUCUCAGUCUCUUGCAGAUGAAAUACCACCAAGAGUUUACAAGCUUAGGUGAGCAUUUGCAUGGACUUGCUUAUGCAGCUACAGGAUACCAAAGAGUUCUUGAAGAAAACCGAAAACUUUACAAUCAAGUCCAAGACCUCAAAGGGAGCAUAAGGGUUUAUUGUCGAGUGAGACCGUUCUUGCCUGGGCAAACAAGUGUUUUAACUACAGUAGAUCAAAUAGAAGAGUCAACUAUAUCAAUUGCGACACCUUCAAAGUAUGGAAAAGAAGGUCGAAAGUCAUUUACUUUCAACAAAGUGUUUGGCCCUUCAGCAUCUCAAGAGGCGGUGUUUGCAGACACUCAACCUCUGAUUCGGUCUGUUCUUGAUGGUUAUAAUGUUUGCAUAUUUGCUUACGGCCAAACAGGAUCCGGGAAAACUUUCACCAUGAUGGGACCUAAUGAGCUGACGGAAGAGAGCUUAGGAGUAAACUACAGAGCAUUGAGUGAUCUCUUUCAUCUGUCAAGUGUGAGAAAAGAAACGUUUUCAUAUAACAUUUCAGUUCAGAUGCUUGAAAUCUACAACGAGCAAGUCCGAGAUCUCCUUGCCACUAAUGGCCAAACCAGCCGAUUAGAGAUUCGAAACAGUUCACAAGACGGAAUUAACGUUCCAGAGGCUACAUUGGUUCCAGUUUCCACAACGUCGGACGUCAUUUGUUUGAUGAAUCUUGGUCAAAAGAACCGUGCGGUCAGUGCCACAGCCAUGAAUGACCGCAGCAGUCGCUCUCACAGUUGUCUCACAGUACAUGUUCAAGGAAGAGAUCUGACAUCAGGAGCCACUCUAAGGGGUUCAAUGCAUUUGGUUGAUCUAGCUGGAAGUGAAAGGGUCGACAAGUCUGAGGUCACUGGUGAUAGGUUGAAAGAGGCACAACACAUCAACAAGUCUCUCUCUGCUCUCGGGGACGUGAUUGCGUCUCUUUCUCAGAAAAACAACCACAUUCCCUAUCGCAAUAGCAAACUCACUCAGCUGCUCCAGGACGCGUUAGGAGGACAAGCGAAAACGCUCAUGUUUAUUCACAUUAGCCCAGAACUAGAUGCUCUGGGAGAAACACUCAGCACCCUGAAGUUUGCAGAGAGGGUGGCCACUGUUGAACUCGGUGCAGCUCGUGUCAAUAGAGACACUUCUGAGGUUAAGGAACUCAAAGAACAGAUUGCUAGUUUGAAACUUGCGCUGGCGAGAAAGGAGAGCGAAGCAGAUCAAACGCAGCUCCCAAGACUGCUUACACCGGAUAAACUCCUUAGAAAAAAGUCACUAGGCGUUUCUUCUUCAUUCUCUAAAUCAGCAAACACAAGACAGUUCCUAACAAAACAUAAGCCAUCACAAACUGAUGAUGUCAACAGCAUUGAGGGUCAAAGUGACUCUGCAUCCAGCGUUGACUUACAAGGACUAGUGAGUUCACCGUCAUGGAAAAGCCCGUCGAUAGAUGGGAAAGAUGAAGAAACGGAGUUUAUGUCAGGUAGUGAAUGGGUUGAUAAACACGAGGACGAAAUCACGCGUAAUAGCAAACCUGAGAACAGAUCGCAGACAGAGCUUGAUAAGCGAUUGUCUAGCAUGAAACGUGAACCAUCACGAGGUGUAGACAAUAAUAAGUGCAAUACUGUAGAUAAAGGAUUUGAGGUAAGGAAGAUUCCAUACGAAGAAGAAGCGAACGAGUCUGACGAAACAAGCGAUUGCUCCGAGAGUAACUUGAUGUGGCAGUUGAAUGUUCAAGUGAAUAUGCCUAGAGCAGCCUCUAAUGGAUCUUUAGGUUCGUCAGCUAAGCUCAAGAAGAGUCAAACAAAAACCAGUAGAGUUGCUGAGACCAAGAGUAUGAUACCUUCGCUAAUUCCGGCGCCAACGAGGAGAUUAUCGCUUGGGGCUAUUAACUCACCAGGACAACCCUCCUCAAGGCAUAACACAGUAGUUGUGAAGAAGAGACAAAAUCCCAAGUAAAUAAUAAUGAGAAGGAAUUAUAAACAUUU